AUGACUUUCUCCGAGAUUCUGGACCGCGUGGGCAGCAUGGGCCCCUUCCAAUAUCUGCACGUGACCUUGCUCGCCCUCCCAAUCCUCGGCAUGGCCAACCACAACCUGCUACAGAUCUUCACAGCCACCACCCCUCCCCACCACUGUCGUCCACCACCCAACGCCUCCUCAGGGCCCUGGGUGCUUCCCACGGGCCCUAAUGGGAAGCCUGAGAAGUGCCUCCGUUUUGUUCAUCUACCCAACGGCAGCCUAUCCAAUGAGACCCAGAGAGCCACCGAGCCAUGCCUGGAUGGCUGGGUUUACAACAGCACCAGGGACACCUUUGUGAUGGAGUGGGACUUAGUGUGCAGCUCCGGCAAACUGAAGGAGAUGGCCCAGUCUAUCUUCAUGGCAGGCAUAUUGAUUGGAGGGCCCACGUUUGGAGAACUGUCUGACAGGUUUGGCCGCAAGCCCAUCCUGACAUGUAGCUACCUGCUGCUGGCAGCCAGCGGCUUAAGCGCUUCCUUCAGCCCUAACCUCCUCAUCUACAUGAUCUUCCGCUUCCUGUGUGGAUGCAGCAUCUCAGGCAUUAGCCUGAGUACCGUCAUCUUGAAUGUGGAAUGGGUGCCUACUGGGAUGAGGGCCAUCUCAUCAACAACAAUUGGGUACUUCUACACCAUUGGCCAGUUCAUUCUGUCCGGCCUGGCCUACGCUAUCCCCCAGUGGCGCUGGCUACAGUUAACCGUGUCUCUUCCUUUCUUCAUCUUCUCCCUGACAUCCUGGUGGACACCAGAGUCUAUACGCUGGAUGGUCCUGUCUGGAAAGUCCUCAAAGGCCCUGAAGACGCUCCGACGGGUGGCUGCCUUCAAUGGCAAGAAGGAGGAGGGGGAAAAGCUCAGCUUGGAGGAGCUGAAAUUCAACCUGCAGAAGGACAUCUCCUUGGCUAAGGUCAAGUAUGGUUUACCUGACUUGAUCCGGAUACCCAUCCUGCGUCGGGUGACCUUUUGUCUCAUCCUGGCCUGGUUUUCCACUGGUUUUGCCUACUACAGUUUGGCUAUGGGAGUGGAAGAAUUUGGAGUCAACCUCUACAUCCUCCAGAUCAUCUUUGGCGGGGUUGACAUCCCAGCCAAGUUCAUCACCAUCAUCUCCUUAAGCUAUCUGGGCCGGCGCCUCACUCUAGCCAUUGUCCUGCUCCUGGCAGGAGGGGCCAUCUUGGCUCUCAUCUUUGUGCCUUUGGACAUGCAGACGCUGAGGACAGCACUGGCUGUGUUUGGAAAGGGAUGCCUGUCUAGUUCCUUCACCUGCCUCUUCCUCUACACCAGUGAACUCUACCCCACAGUCAUCCGGCAAACAGGUAUGGGCGUUAGUAACCUGUGGGCCAGAGUGGGAAGCAUGGUAGCACCACUCGCGAAGAUCACGGGUGAAAUACAGCCCUUCAUCCCCAAUGUCAUCUAUGGGACCUCAACGAUUCUGGGAGGCACUGCUGCCUUCUUCCUGCUUGAGACCCUCAACCGGCCCUUGCCAGAGACAAUUGAAGACAUGGAAAGCUGGCUCCAGCAAGCAAAGGGGACAAAGCAGGAGCCAGAAGCAGAAAAGGCAUCCCAAAGGAUCCCUCUGAAGCCUCGUGGCCCCAGCUGA